AUGUCAACAUUACUACCGGUCUUCAAUGCAGAAUCGCAGACAGACAGGCCGCGGAGUCCAGCCCGCUAUGCAUCCACUUCCUCCUCGAUAACAUCCUCUUACUCUCUCCUCACCCCCCAAGAAACCGCCGAGCAACUGAAGACUUCAAUCACUCAGGGCCUGCUGCGGACUGAGGCACAUGCGCGACUGGCAAAAGACGGGCCCAAUGAGUUACCCCAUGAAGAGGAGGAGCCACUAUGGUUGAGAUUUCUUAAGCAGUUCAAGGAGACCUUGAUACUUCUCCUGCUCGCAUCGGCCGCCAUCUCGCUCUUCAUUGGCAACAAAGACGAUGCCGUCAGUAUUGCCCUCGCCGUCACCAUUGUGGUUACCGUCGCUUUUGUGCAAGAGUAUCGAUCGGAGAAAUCCUUGGAGGCCUUGCAUAAAUUGGUGCCUCAUUACGCCCAUGUCAGACGCUCGGGGCCUCGGUCGACCACGUACACGGCUAGACAUCAGCAUUCUGAAAAUGAAGCAAUUGAGAUGGAGCCAUUGGCUAACGGCGCCGCGGUCCCCCCAGAGGAAAAGUCGUCUGCUACGAUUCCUGCAUCUCAGCUUGUCGUGGGUGACCUAGUCAUCUUUGCUACCGGCGACCGCAUUCCCGCCGACAUCAGAAUCACCCACGCUGCCGAGCUGACAAUCGACGAAUCCAAUUUGACCGGCGAAAAUGAACCAGUGGAAAAGUUUCCUGCCGCGCUGGACCCGACCAUCCGUAGGUCGGAGCACCACGGCACCCCUGAACCCUACAAUGCGGCUGGCGCAGUAGGCACCGACGUACGUCUCAAUGAGCAGCACAACAUCGCGUUCAUGGGAACACUAGUGCGGUCAGGCCAUGGGGAAGGAAUUGUCAUCGCCACCGGUGGAAAAACCGAGUUUGGGACGAUUUCGUUGUCGCUUCAGGAGAUUGAGGCUCCUCGGACGCCUCUCCAGCAAUCGAUGGAUUUGUUGGGGAAGCAACUUAGUUACAUGUCUUUCGUCGUCAUUGGAGUGAUUAUCAUCAUCGGCCUUAUUCAGGGCAAGAAAUUGUUGGAUCUGUUCACCAUUGGAGUGUCACUGGCUGUCGCCGCAAUCCCUGAGGGUUUACCCAUCAUUGUCACGGUUACUCUGGCACUGGGAGUGUUACGUAUGGCUAAACGAGGAGCAAUUGUCCGCAAGCUCCCCAGCGUCGAGACAUUAGGUUCGGUGAAUGUGGUUUGCAGCGACAAGACGGGAACUUUGACUCUCAACCACAUGACCGUGACCAAAUUGUGGCAUUUCGAUACGGGGAAGCCAUUCUCCGUCGACCCGACAGCAGCACUCACGUCUGCGACCAAGGCCAUCCUUCGAAUCGGCAAUAUUGCAAACAACGGUCGACUCUCUCACAAUGCUUCCGGGACUCCCGCGACUGCUGCCUCCGCUGCGGUGCUAUCCUCUACUAGAGAUAGAUCAUCUACCGUCACCAAGAGUCGAUGGCUGGGUCAGCCAACCGAUAUCGCCAUGCUCGAUUUGUUGGAUGCGCACGGUGAAGACGAUGUUCGUGAAAAGAUCGGGCCACGAACAACCGAGACGCCAUUUAGUUCGGAGCGAAAGUGGAUGGGCGUUGUCAUUGGCAGUGCCCUUGGCGAAAUGACCAACGGCUAUGGGCAUGGAUCAGAAACAGCCUAUAUCAAAGGCUCGUUGGAACAGAUUCUGAGCAGGUCUGACACGUAUUUGACUAAAGAUGGUCAAGAAGUGGUGCUUGACGAGAGCCGUCGGAAAGAAGCCAGUGCAGCGGCACAGGCCAUGGCGGAGGAGGGACUUCGGGUCAUCGCAUUUGCCAGUGGUGUCCUCAGGCAUAAGCCACGGCAGACCAGCAGAAGCUCCACACCAUCGUUGGGAAAUAAGAAGACCGCAGAGCCAGAGUCGGAUAUCUUUACUGGCUUGUGUUUUGCAGGUUUGGUCGGGAUGAACGACCCUCCCCGAAAACACGUGAACAGAUCUAUCCGACGGCUGAUGAAUGGAGGAGUGAAAGUCAUCAUGAUCACGGGCGAUGCAGAGACGACGGCGGUGGCGAUCGCGAGGAAUCUCGGGAUGCCCGUCAGUCAAGGAAAUUCAGGUUCGAGGUCCGUCCUUCGAGGUGAUGAGCUUGACCGUAUGUCAGAGGAAGAACUGUCGGAGGCCAUUGUCAGGACGAACAUUUUUGCGCGCACCAGCCCAGACCACAAGAUGAAGAUUAUUCGAGCUCUUCAGGCUCGGGGAGACGUGGUGGCCAUGACGGGCGAUGGGGUCAACGAUGCUCCCGCGCUCAAAAAGGCCGACAUUGGAAUUGCAAUGGGAAAGCUAGGCACAGAUGUGGCCAAAGAGGCGGCCGAUAUGAUUCUGACAGACGACGACUUCUCCACAAUCCUCCGUGCCAUCGAACAAGGGAAGGGCAUCUUUUUCAACAUUCAAAAUUUCAUCACAUUCCAGCUGAGCACGAGUGUUGCGGCGUUGAGUUUGGUCCUUCUCAGUACCAUGUUUGGUUUCAAGAAUCCACUCAAUGCCAUGCAGAUUCUUUGGAUCAAUAUACUCAUGGAUGGCCCUCCUGCUCAGUCACUGGGAGUUGAACCAGUUGAUCCGCGGGUCAUGAUGCAGCCGCCACGACCUCGCAAUGCCAAUGUGCUGACCAAACGACUUAUCCGCCGGGUUCUCACCUCGGCGUCGGUCAUCAUGAUGGGCACUCUUUUCAUCUAUCUUCGAGAGAUGGUGGACAUUGAUGAUCCCACGGUCGACCCGCUGGCGGUGGCGUCGACACCCCUCCGCACCCGAAUGGUGACGAAACGCGACACCACCAUGACCUUUACGACGUUUGUGCUUUUUGACAUGUUCAAUGCGCUGACUUGCCGGUCGGAAUCCAAGUCGGUGCUGAUUGGCGAAAUCAAGCUCUUUGGAAACAAAAUGUUCAACUACGCGGUUGCAGGCAGUCUCGCGGGCCAACUGUGUGUUAUAUACUUGCCAUUUUUGCAACGGGUUUUUCAGACCGAGGCGCUGGGUCUGUGGGACCUGGUCUCUCUGAUCUGCAUAAGCAGUACUGUGUUUUGGGUUGAUGAAUUGAGGAAAUGGGCUGAAAGGAGGCGAAGUUCUGGACGCAUGCCGAGUGUUGGGUAUUCGGCCAAUGUAUAG